AUGAGCUCUGAAGAACAGAAGCCGACACCAGAGAAUGAAACCCUAUUCCAGGGUUUCGAAUGGAACGUCCCGGAUGAUCACAAGCACUGGCGACGCCUUGCCGAGGAGCUUCCCAAGCUAAAAGUCAUCGGUAUUACCAACAUAUGGCUACCCCCUGGCUGUAAAGGUGCCAACCCUCAGGGCGUUGGCUACGACAUCUACGACCUGUACGAUCUCGGCGAAUUUGAGCAGAAGGGUCAAAAGGGAACCAAAUGGGGAACCAAAGAAGAGCUACUCGAACUUACGAAGGUCGCCAAGGAGCAUAGCGUGGGCCUGUACUGGGAUGCCGUAUUGAACCACAAGGCUGGAGCCGACCAGACGGAGAAGUGCCGUGUUGUUGAAGUUGACGAAAAUGAUCGCACUAAGGAGGUUUCUGAUGCCUUCGAAAUCGAGGGAUGGCUAGGCUUCGAUUUUCCGGGCCGUACGGACUGGGACCAAGCUACCGAGAAGAAAGCCAUCUAUAAGAUCCUAGGUGACAACAAAGGCUGGUCGCAAUCCGUGGACGAUGAGCAAGGCAACGCGGACUACAUGAUGUUCGCCGACAUUGACUACUCGCACCCUGAGGUUCAAGAAGACGUCAAGAACUGGGGCGUGUGGAUCACUAAAGAGCUUGGCUUGAAGGGCUUCCGGCUCGACGCUGUGCAGCAUUUCUCCUCAAGAUUUACCAAUGAAUGGAUCAAGAAUUUGCGCAAACAGUGUGGAGACGACAUCUUCGUGGUCGGCGAGUUCUGGUCGGGAGAUGUAAAAGAGAUGAGCGAUUGGCUCGACGAUAUGAACCACGAGUUCGCUCUCUACGACUCGCCUCUCCUGAACAACUUCGGGUCCAUCUCGACAAGCGAAUCGGCGGACCUGAGGAAGGUCUACGAUAAUACACUCGUCCAAAUGCGUCCUACCGAUGCCGUUACGGUCGUUACAAACCACGACACACAACCUGGGCAGGUGAUGGAGACCAAGAUCGAGGGCUUCUUCAAGCCUCUUGCCUACGCUCUCAUUCUGCUGAGGCAGGAAGGCUACCCAUGCCCAUUCUACGGCGAUCUUUAUGGUCUCUCAGAGCCGCAUGAGACGCCUGCUUCAUGUGGUGGAAAGCUCGCUGAUCUCAUUCUCGCACGAAAACUCUUCGCGUACGGAACACAGGAGGACUACUUCAACGAAGCCAACUGCAUCGGAUUUGUGCGUCGUGGAACAUGGGACAAGAAAGCGGGUCUGGCGUGUGUGAUGAGCAACGCGGGACCGGGUCAGAUCAAGAUGGCUGUUGGCGAGAUGCAUGCCGGUGAGAAGUGGACUGACAUCCUUGGGUGGGAGGAGAGUGAGGUCGAGAUAGACGGCGAAGGUUAUGGACUGUUCAAUUGCCCAGGCACCAGUGUCGCGGUUUGGGUGCGAAGCGAUGCUGAAGGGCGGGACCAAUUUCCUACAAAUUUCGAUGCGAACGUAUACCACAGAGAUUAG